AUGAAGUUCUCAAUGCUCGCAAUCCUUUCCCUGUCACUUCUGAAGUCACAACAAGCUGAAUCUUUUGUCUCCCCUGAUGCAAGAAUCUCAAAGUCCACGACUCUCUCCAUGGCAGGUGGUGAAGGUGGUGAAAGUGAAUGGGUCAAAGCCUUACUAGAGAAUACUCCUGAAGCACCAGGAGCCUUUGAAAACGAAAUGAAAAUGAAGGGUCUCCUUGGCAACAAAGAUGGUGGCAAUAACAAACUUAGUGCUAAUGCUGCUCUGAUUCAAUGGUUGGAAGAAGAAGGAGAUGUGUAUUUGGCGGAAGUGUCCUCUUGGGGAGAAGCUCCACAUCCCAUGGCCAUUUCGACGGAUACCCGUGAUGAAAUCACAAACGAGUCUUCUGGACGAGGACUCUUGGCCAGACGCGACAUUAAUGAUGGCGACAAUUUGUUCAAGAUUCCUCUCAAGCUGUGUAUGACCAAACGAUCGGCCCGCAAGGCCUUGGGCAAGGAUAUCUUUUCCGCGGAUGUCAAUGAAUAUCUCGUCCUGGCGUGUCAUUUGAUUCACGAAAAGUUUGUAAUGGGCGACGAAUCCUACUGGAAACCCUACAUGGAUGUCUUGCCCGAAGUGGGAGAAGUCAAUCCUACGUUUUCGUGGAACGAUGAGGAUUUGUCCUUUUUGGACGGAUCUCCAGUGAUUGCCGCUACGCGUAGUUUGCAAAUGAAACUUCAACGGGAAUACGAUGCCUUGUUGGGUGGAGAAGAUGGUCUCUGCACCAAGUAUCCUGAUCGAUUUCCCAAAGAUAAAUACACUUAUGAAAACUGGCUUUGGGCAUUUACCAUGCUCUUCUCCCGUGCCAUUCGACUCCGCAGUCUCAAGGAGGGUGAAGCUUUGGCAUUGGUCCCAUACGCCGACUUGAUCAAUCAUUCCCCCUUUUCUCAAGCUUACAUUGAUGCUCGGGAAGGUGGAGAUUGGCUCUUUACUAGUGGUGAAGAGGAAGUAAUUCUAUAUGCCGAUCGAGGAUACCGUCGCAUGGAACAGAUUUACAUUUCCUACGGACCCAAAUCCAAUGCGGAACUAUUGCUAUUGUAUGGAUUCGCUGUCGAACGCAACCCCUUUAACUCGGUUGAUGUCACUGUUGCCAUUGCUCCCCGCACCGAAUCCUUUGUCAAGGAACUCAAAGAUGAAAGCAUCCCCAUUGAUCCCUUGGCCGAAGAAAAGAUCGAGUUCUUAGACUCUGUUGGACGUAAAUCCAUGGUCGAUUUCCCCUGUUAUGCCGAUCGAUAUCCUGUCGAACUUUUGGAAUUCUUGCGAUUGAUGCAAAUGACUCCCGAAGAUACACGUGGACGACCCUUGAGUGAAUUUGAUUAUUCUCGAACCAUUUCUGCCGCAAACGAGGCAUCCGUUUUGCGAUCGGUCAUUGAAGCUGUAACACGACAAUUGGGCAACUAUCCCAAUACCGAAGAAGACGAUGCCGCUUUGAUCAAGGACAAGGGAAUGUUCCGAUUGUUGUCGUACAAUCAGCGCAUGGCCAUUCGACAUCGCCGAAAUGAAAAGCGAUUGUUGAAACGAACCAUUGCAGCUUUGGAAAACCAAAUCCGAAAACAAGGAUUGGAGGACGAAGACUUGGCGCGUGCUGAAGGAAGCACAUUGGGAAAGCUGUUGCCUGGAGACGAACGCAAGUAUGGAAUGAAACAAAAGACGGCAUUGGAGGACCGUCUGGAAAAGAUGGGACUACCUGUAGAUCUCAGAUAA